AUGCCCGAGAGCGAGCCUCAUACGACCCGCGAUGAAACCCAACGAAAAUGCUCGACCUGCAAUAUCGUCUUCCAGAGGACAACACACUUACGACGCCACAUGUUGACGCACACACAAGACAAGCGUUUUGUCUGCUCACAAUGCGGAAAGAGCUUUGUCAGAAGGGACACGCUUCAUCGACAUCAGAUAACUCAUCGCACGAGCUCCAUUGGGAGCCACGCUGGACCUGCUGAUGCCCUCUCUUCUAGAGCUUGCAAGGCUUGUGCCACUGCCCGUGUGCGAUGCACAAGACAAACCCCUUGUGACAGAUGCAAUUCAAGACGGCUACAAUGUAUCUACGAGGAAUCAUACCAGAGAGCCGAACCAGGGGUAGAGCAAGAAGCAAGCAUGAUGUUAGUUCAACACCAAGAGAAGACUUCAAGCCUCCCACCAGAUCGCCCAGGGACCACGAACAACGAUGCAGAGCGCAUGGUUCAUCAAGUACAAGCGCCAGCACUCGGCGAGAACAACGCAUCUUUCUUACCCGCUUCAACUUCACAGGUUGCGAGACCACAAGACGGGCCUUUGAUGAAUACUACAUGGGUAGCACAAGAUCCCGCAUCAGUGUCGCCCUACAACUUUCAGGAUCAAAGAAUGGUUGCAUCAUACGUCGAGAGCGAUCCGCCUUCAUUACCCGCCACAAACUGGCUACCGUAUACCAAUGGCAUGAACUGGGACUUCGAUUUCUACAUGACUCAAGCACUGAACAACUUCUCUCCGACCAUGGGCCUACAUCAGCCAAACAUCUGGUCUCCAAGUGCAAAUCCUCUAGACAGCGCUCCGAUGCACAUCGGUAUGAGCCCUGGAGGCGGGAGCAAGGGAUCCGUUGCAGAAGAAUCCCCUGCCUCUAUGUCUGUUACCAACUCCGUGACUUCUUCAAAGCGGCAUGGGACAUUCUACGCAGACGGGGAGGUGAGUCGACUGGCAAGACAUCGCAAUGCCGAAGUCUCGCAGACUCAAGACCAUAUAAGCAGUAUGGGAAGUGGUCUUGAGUUCAGCUUCGUAGAGGCAGAGCCGUUGACCAUAAGCGCAUCUUCUCGAUCGAUAAUAUCAGAACACACCUACAACUGCAUACUAGAACAAUUCGAUGAUCUAUGCAUGAUCGAUCAUCCAGUGCUUCUCUUCGAGAGAUUCCGAUCUGACCGAUUUCCUUCUCGACAAGCCCUGGAAACAUGCAUCGAGCUUUACUUCGAGAACACCAGCACUAUAUUCCAAGUUGUUCACCAGUCAACAAUUAACCUAGAAGGCGAAAACGACUGGAUUCUUUGUUUGGCAAUGGCCGCCUCUGGAGCUGCCACAUCUUCUUCCGUAUCAUUGGCAUCCAAUGUUGAGGCCUUGAGGACAUUUCUACAAAGGGCAAUCAUUGCGCGAAACAUGAUCAUUGCCCGCACCAGGAGUUCACCAGAGCUAUCUUUUAUGCAAGCUUGUAUCGUCUACGAUGUCUUAGAGCUUCAUCUGCAGCACAGCAUCCAUGAAGAGGCUUUGGCAGGCACUCGGUCGUUCUCGGAUUACUGCACCAACAUCAAGAGAUCGCGAUGGUUGAGCCUCGACGAGCCAAACUGGGAUGGAACUUGGACGGAAGAGAACUGGAAAGCAUGGGCGCAUCGCGAGAGUCAGCGGCGGGUGGCAUACUGUGCCUGGCUGUUUGACAGUUGGUGUCUUCUGACAUCCGGCAAAAGGCUCUCGGCAAACUUCUCGCUCAGCGAUGUUCAGACAAAUCUGCCUGUCCACGAAGCUCUUUGGGUGGCGACUUCAUGGGAAGAAUGGAUGAGACUCAGACCGACGCACAAACAGCCGAUGGGGUUGAUUCCCCUACUAAGUUCACUGUAUCAACAACAGCCGCUUACUCAGGAGCUUGGAGAUUUCGCACAGACAAUUGCUGUCCAUGCAGUCUGCCGGCGGACACUGGAAGUGGGUUCUCACGUACUCGAUCCGCUGAGCGGCCUUGAUGCGGGGCAGCCACAACAACAACGUGGCGAGUCCGUCAGAGACAUCUAUUGGCUACCCUCGGAUCCUGAGUAUCAAAAAUGGCGCAACAAAGCCCUAGACUGCCUGGAUUCCCUACAUUGGGGAACGCACGGCGUCAUAGCUCGUCUCCAAGGUCUUGAGCCCCCAGUGGUCUUGCACUUGCACAUGUCGCGAUUGGUUCUGCUGGUCCCUUACCAGGACGUUUACGAUCUGAUGUGUGAAGUCGCCUCAUCACAUGGUAACGACGCGUCCUUUGCUCAUAUUGGCGGUUCACGGUCUCGCCGAGAAGAUCUUGUGGCCAAGAUCUGGUUGUGGAUCUCCAAAGAUCAUUACAAAUCCAGACUAGCUAUCGUGCAUGCCGGGGCAAUGUUCUGGUAUAUCCGGCAUCAUGGCACAGGCAAUAUCCUCGAGCCGACAAGUCUGUUUGUGGCCAGCGUCAUAUUGUGGGCAUACGGGUCGUUUGUGCCCCUUUUGCAGGCCUCAACGGAUGAAAACCAUACUGUGGUCCCUCGUGUGGACAUAGAUGAACAGUAUGAUCCGAAGAUGAUACAGAUUGACCGACCUUGUGAUGAUGAGCUUAUUCAGAUAUUCAUCCGUCGAGGGAAUUCUAUGCAGCCGCACAUGCUAGGCGUAGGCAAUAUAUGCCAGGCCGGUGGAGCGCUCGGAGUGCUCAAGGUUGGUGCGAAGCUAAUCAAGCAUCGUUGCUCAGCAUGGCCGAUCUCCAAGACAUACGAGAAUCUCCUCCUUCAUUGUGCCCAAGUAUCGGCAAAGAUAUCAUAG